UGGCAUUACCCACUUAGAAGCUCAUGGGCAGGCAACCUUGUUGUGACAAACUUGGUGUCAAGAAGGGUCCUUGGACAGCUGAGGAGGACAAAAAAUUGGUCACCUUUAUUCUCACCCACGGCCAUUGCUGCUGGCGCGCCGUCCCCAAGCUUGCUGGCCUCCGUCGCUGCGGCAAGAGCUGCCGCCUCCGCUGGACCAACUACCUCCGCCCUGACCUCAAACGUGGCCUCCUUAAUGAAGCUGAAGAGCAACUCGUCAUUGAUCUCCAUGCUCGCCUUGGCAAUAGGUGGUCAAAAAUUGCAGCAAGAUUGCCAGGAAGAACUGAUAAUGAGAUCAAGAAUCAUUGGAAUACCCACAUCAAGAAGAAGCUUAUUAAGAUGGGAAUCGAUCCGGUUACUCAUGAGCCUCUGAAAAAACAAGAAACCAGUGACGAUAAACCUGAGGCAGCUGCCAAGUUUGAUGUUAAUGGCGAGCAGGAGGGAGAGGCAGUUAAUAAAAGCUCUGAAAAAGUUGGGUCCAUGAAUGAUAAUUCAAGCUCUCAGAAUGAGAACUAUUCAACAGAUGAAUCGAAUUCGAGGUCACUGGAUCCCAACAGUGAUGACGACUUGUUGAUGAGUUACAUGUGGUCAGAGACAUUCCUUGAUGACACAUCAUGGAGCUUCCCAGCAGCCUGCAGAGAAAUAGAAUAUGGUGAAUUUGGAAGAUUGUCUUCCUCAGAAGAAAACAGUGCAUGGUUGAUGGACUAUCAAGAGCUUGGAGAAGGAGAAUUUGGGCUUGGAAAUUCUUCAAAUGAAAAGGACACUAAUGCAGUUCUUAUGUAAAAAGAAAAGCUUCAGGAUUUUACAAAUGGACAGCAAUUAUAUACUGUUUGGAUCUUAUAAGCAGAAGAACCAAAAAAGAAACAAAGUGUUUAAGAAAUAAAUUUGGUUUCUUAAGCAAAUUAAGUUUAACCAUGUCUGUCUUCCUUUCUUUCUUUCUUUCUUUUCUUGUCUGGUAUUUUAUAUAUUAUGUUGUUAAACAUAAGUAGAAGCUUGUUCUGAAUGUGGGCAAGUGUUGCAUUGGAAGAACUGCAGGAUUUGUAGAUAACAGAAGGAGAUAUCCAUUAAAAGGUCACCCCAGUCUUUAAGAGCUGUGAGGUUGAAGAAGCAAAAUACUACUUGUACAAAAUACAAAUUUGUUUGGAUACUUCAAAUAUAAUUUCAUGUAUGUACAUGCAUCUUUCC